AAGGCUGGAACGACUUUGCCAUGGAUGACAACUACAAUAUGACCUUCCAGGUAAGUCCCGGCCUCCUUGAAAUAUAUGAAAAUGGACUGGCUGACUUGCUCAAUAGUCCAACAGAUGAGGGCGUGCUGAUCAAUGGAACUGUCAACCAAGAACUGGAAGCUGAUUGUAAUGCACACGAUAUUCCAGAUGAGAUUGCAAUCAAAACUCCUUGUUUAAAUGGUCAUGAGAGCGAGGCUUUUGUGGAGGCUCGUCGUGAUGGCGCUUCGCCGGCUCGGAUCCUGGUGUUGACCUCCUCUUCUUCCGUGGCGGAUGUGAUUGAUUUUGGUGGGAUCCCGGACGUCGAGGCUGCGGGGGUUCGGUCUAGUGCGCGGCUUCGUGCCCAACCUGAUCGGGACGACACCCAGAUGGCGCGUGCUACUCGUCGUGCUCAGGGCCGCAAGGAGCUUCUGGCUUCAGGUUAUCUUCAAAGCUACGCACUGGAUCCGUCUUUGGGCUUUCCUGCUUCCUGUGCACCUGCGGGGACUUAUGGAUAUUGGAUGCAACCGGCUGGAGACGGUAUCUCGGGAUAUCUUCAACCGGGCUGGCUGGCGGUGUACUAGACGCCUUCAAUUAUAGAUUUGUCAUGAUUGAUGUUUUUAGCUGGCUUAUUUUUGUAUCCACGAUCGUUUG